UCAUGCUGCCCGGGCCCGGUCCAGAAUCCUCAAUUUUGGGGCCCUGAAAGCCCUCCCCCUUUCUGCUGUCCCCCAUCGCCACAAUCUUUUGCCAUGUGCCACUUUUUUAGGUCCCCCUCCCCAAAUGCUGGGUUCCAUUUUGUCAUAGGGUGCUGGCAGAUUACGGGCAUCCCAUUGCUGCUGCCAGGCCCUCUAAUCUGCCAUAGGGCCCCUUAUACCGCCUCAUCCCAUGCUGCUGCCACAGGUCCAGAUGUCUGUCAUGGGUCCCCUGUACGGCCUCCCAUUGCUGCUGUCUCCUAUCGCCACACUCUGCCAUGUGCCACUUUCAGGUCUCCUCACACACUGCUGGUGUGUUGAAUUUUUUG